AUGGAGAAACGACCUCUCCAAACAAGCAACGCCACCAACAUUCCUUCGAAAACAAUCGAAGAAAUGUACCAAAAGAAAACGCAGCUAGAACACAUUCUCCUCCGUCCAGAUACCUACGUCGGUUCUAUUGAAAAACACACUCAAAAUCUCUGGAUUUACGAAAACGACGAAAUGGUUCACCGUUCAAUCUCAUACGUUCCUGGACUCUACAAAAUCUUCGACGAGAUUCUCGUCAACGCAGCGGAUAACAAACAGAGAGAUCCGUCAAUGGAUUCGUUGAAAGUUACGAUCGAUCCGGAGGCGAAUACGGUUUCUGUUUACAAUAACGGUGACGGUGUUCCGGUUGAGAUUCAUCAGGAAGAGAAGGUUUAUGUUCCGGAGUUGAUCUUCGGUCACCUUCUUACUAGUAGUAACUACGAUGAUAAUGUGAAGAAAACUACUGGUGGACGUAAUGGUUAUGGUGCGAAGCUCACGAAUAUCUUUUCGACUGAGUUUGUUAUCGAGACUGCUGAUGGACGUCGUCUGAAGAAGUAUAAACAGGUGUUCUCAAACAAUAUGGGGAACAAGUCUGAGCCAGUGAUUACCAAAUGCAAAUCUAGUGAAAACUGGACCAAGGUUACCUUUAAGCCUGACUUGGAGAAGUUCAAAAUGACCUAUCUUGAAGAGGACGUUGUUGCUUUAAUGAAAAAGCGUGUGCUGGACAUGGCUGGCUGCCUUGGAAAGACUGUUAAGGUUGAACUCAAUGGCACCUUGCUUCGUAUCAAGUCGUUUCGGGAUUAUGCCGAUUUGUUCAUGAAAUCUGCUGAGAAGUCCAAACCCACGCCACUGCCAAGGAUUCAUGCCAAAGUUGGUGAUAGGUGGGAAAUUUGUGUGAGUCUAAGUGAUGGGCAAUUUCAACAGGUUAGCUUUGUUAACUCCAUUGCUACAAUCAAGGGUGGGACUCAUGUCGAUUACAUCACCAAUCAGAUUACUACCUAUGUAAUGAAUAAAGUAAAUAAGAAAAAGAAGGAUGCCAAUGUGAAAGCUCACAAUGUGAAGAAUCAUUUGUGGGUUUUUGUCAAUGCUUUGAUUGACAACCCUGCUUUUGAUUCUCAAACUAAGGAGACGUUGACAACUAGACCAGCCAGUUUUGGUUCUAAAUGCGAUGUUCCCGAAUCAAUUAUGAAGGAUGUCGAAAAAUCUGGAAUAGUGGACACCCUCCUAUCAUGGGCAGAUUUUAAGCAAAGUAAAGAUUUGAAGAAAACUGAUGGAACCAAGACCCAGAGGCUUCGUGGGAUUGUAAAGCUUGAGGACGCCAAUGAUGCUGGUGGAAGGAACUCUGACAAAUGUACCUUGAUAUUGACAGAGGGAGACUCUGCCAAGGCCCUUGCUAUGGCUGGGCUCUCUGUUGUGGGUCGAGACCACUAUGGCGUGUUUCCACUGAGGGGCAAAAUGCUCAAUGUGCGGGAAGCUAGCAGUAAACAGAUUAUGGAUAAUGAAGAAAUUCAAAAUAUAAAGAAGAUUCUUGGACUGCAGCAAAACAAGGAGUACACAAGCGUGAAGUCUUUGAGAUACGGUCAUUUGAUGAUUAUGGCUGAUCAGGAUCAUGAUGGCUCUCACAUCAAAGGGCUACUGAUAAACUUCAUUCACGCAUUUUGGCCAUCGCUGCUAAAGGUUCCAUCAUUCAUGGUAGAAUUUACCACUCCGAUCAUACGGGCUUCUCAUUCAAACGGGACCAAAUUAUCAUUUUAUUCCAUGCCGGAAUAUGAAGGAUGGAGAGAAAGAUUGGGGAACAGUGCAAAUAGUUGGAAGAUAAAGUACUAUAAGGGGUUGGGUACAAGUACUCCUCAGGAAGGAAGAGAGUACUUUCGAGAUCUUGAUAAGCACAGAAAAGACUUCAUUUGGGAAGAUGAGCUUGAUGGAAAUGCAAUCGAGUUAGCUUUCAGUAAGAAAAAAGCUGAAGAUAGAAAGACUUGGAUUCGAAACUUUGAGCCUGGUACUUUUCGUGAUCAUGAUGCCAAACUUAUUAACUACAAGGACUUUGUUAACAAAGAGCUUAUACUGUUCUCUAGGGCGGAUCUUCAAAGGUCCAUUCCCUCUAUGGUUGAUGGGCUCAAGCCUGGUCAGAGGAAGAUUCUUUUCUGUUCAUUUAAGAAAAAGUUGUUCAAAGAAAUAAAAGUUGGCCAAUUUAUUGGUUAUGUGUCUGAGCACUCUUGUUACCAUCAUGGUGAACAAAGUCUUGCUAGCACAAUUAUUGGAAUGGCACAGGAUUUUGUUGGCAGCAACAACAUCAAUCUUCUCAAACCAAACGGUCAAUUUGGUACUCGUAACUUGGGUGGAAAAGACCAUGCAAGUUCUAGAUACAUCUACACUGAGCUAAGUGCUGUUACUCGGUGCCUCUUUCAUGAGGAUGAUGACAAACUGCUAGAUUACUUGAAUGAGGAUGGGAAAUCCAUUGAACCAAACUGGUACAUACCAAUUAUACCUUUGGUUCUUGUCAAUGGUAGUGAGGGAAUUGGGACAGGUUGGAGUUCUUACAUUCCCAACUAUAACCCACGGGAAAUUAUUGCCAAUGUGAGGCGUUUGUUGAAUGGUGAGGCAAUGGUGCCAAUGGAUCCAUGGUACAGAGGAUUCAGAGGAACAAUUGAGAAAAGUGCCAAGGAAGGUGGGUAUAUAGUCAAUGGCUCAGUGAUGGAAAUAGAUGAACAAACUUUUAGAAUCACUGAGCUUCCCAUUCGGAAGUGGACUCAGGAUUAUAAACAAUUCCUUGAGUCCGUAACAGAUGGGGCGCCAAAUGUGAAGGAUCCUCUCAUUGAGGAUUUUAGGCAAAAUGGAGAUGAUGCAAUCGUAGACAUCGAAGUCAAGAUGAAGCUAGACAAAAUUGCUACGAUAAUGCAAGAAGGACUAUUCAAGAAAUUUAAAUUGAGUAGCACUAUCAGUACUAGCAAUAUGCAUCUUUUUGAUGCUGAAGGAAAAAUCAAGAAAUUUGACACUCCAGAACAAAUUCUGGAGGAAUUCUUUCCACUUCGUCUGGAGUAUUAUGAGAAGCGAAAGAAAUAUAUACUGGCCAACCUUGAACGACUUCUGUUGAUUUUGGACAACAAAGUCAGGUUUAUAUUAGGGGUUGUGAGUGGAGAAAUUAUUGUAAGCAACCGAAAAAAAGCUGAUUUGUUGAUUGAGUUGAAGAAAAAAGGUUUUACUCCCAUGCCGAGGAAAGGAAAAUCUGCAGAACCACAAGUAGCAGGGGCAAUUGAUGACAAUUCAGAAGAGCAGGAAGAUGAACAGGAUACUGUAUCUCGGCCUGUCAGUGUCGAAGGAGCAACAUGGGGUGACUACGAGUAUCUUUUAUCCUUGCCUAUUGGAACUUUGACCCUUGAAAGUGUGCAGAAGCUGCGAGAUGAAAAGGCUGAAAAGGAAAAGGAGUUUGAGAUUUUGAUGGGAACACCAACAACGUCAUUGUGGAUGAAGGAUCUAGAUGAGUUCGAAACAAAACUCGAUGAGCUUGAUAACAAAGAUGCAGAAGACGAGCGUAAAAGAUCAAGCCAAGCAAGUAAAAAGGCUCCCAAUGGUUUCGCUAGUAAAGCUGCAAAGAAGCCACCACAACCACGAAAGAAUACUAAGAAGGCCAAAACUGUUGAGCCCGAGAAUGAUAAUUCUUCAAUGGAAAUUGAGAAUCCUGUUGAAGUUGCAAAACCUAAAGGACGUGCAGUUUCUAAGAACACUCAGAAGGAAACUGAUGAUGAUAUUCUAUCUCUUCAAGAGCGUCUCGCUGCAUAUAACUUUGAAUCGUCGGGUGAAAAGUCAGCAGCCAUGGAAACUGAAGAACCCGCCGUGCCUGCUGCGAAGAAACCGAUUAACCGAAGGGGUGGUGUGAAAAAGAAGUCAAGUACCAUAGUGUUGGACGAAUCAGAUAGUGAUAAUGAUGUUAACAAUAUUGAUGAUGAUGACGACUUCGAAGUUCAACAGAAGGCUGCUCCUGCUCCGGAAGCUGGUAAAAAGAAAGGAGGAGGGAGAAAGCCUGCUGCUCAAAAUACCAAGAAGGCGGCGGCACCUGCAGCCCCGAAGAAAAGAAAUGUAGGUGGCAAACAAACAAUGGGUCAAAAAUUAUUAACUGAUAUGUUACAGCCAGCUGAAGGCACAGGUACAUCACCAGAGAAGAAAGUGAGGAAGAUGAGGGAGUCUCCUUUCAACAAGAAAAGUGGUUCUAUUUUGGGGAGGGCUGCUAACAAGGAUAUUAGUCCAAUUGCAGAUUUGUCUGCAGGUUCUGCGUCUAACUCUCCUGCAGAUGAUGAUGUUGUUGAGAUUGCACCACAGCCAACAAGAGCUAGACCUCAGAGAGCCAAUCGUACUCAAAAGACAUAUGUUUUGAGUGAAACUGAGAGUGACAAUGAUUCUGAUGAUGAUGCUGAGUUAUCUGAUUUUGAUGAAGAUGAAGAUUAG